AUGGCCCGUUUUCUUCUUCUCCUCAGUGUUGCGCUCGCACUCACGCUGUGCGCGGCGGCGUUGACGAUGGUGCCCCUGGCGAUUCGCGUCGGGUGCGGCGCGAAGCAAGCAUAUCCGCUGCACCGCGACGUCCUCCGCUAUACCAUCGACCAACCGACCGCGUCACUGCUCCUCAUCCACUUUGCCCACGUCCGCUUGGCGCCGUCCGACUACAUUGUCUUGCGCCCAAUUGGCCGCAAUGCGACGUCACGGACCAUGACGCCGGCGCGCGUCACAGCGUCGUCGUCCGGUGCGUUUUUUGCCAUGCCUCUCUACGCGUCCCGGGUGAUUGUCGAGCUGCAUACGAUGGGGCUCCACCGCGGUGGCGACGACUGCGUUGGGUUUGCGAUCGACGGGGUUCGAACCCACGCCGACGCCCGUCUCCGCAUGCCCAAGGACGACAACAAAGAGUCGCUCUGCGGCGCGGACGACUCAAAGAACGCCAUGUGCUAUGUCAACUCGGCCAUGUUUACCGCGUCCAAGGCGGUCGUGCGGCUCCUUACGAACCGCGCGUCGGGCUCGGACUUUUGCACGGGCUGGCUCCUCGGCUGCGCCGGCCACGUGCUCACAAACCAGCACUGCCUUCUGUCGGCCGCCGACGCGCGCAACACGCAGUUUGAGUUCAUGGCCCAAGGUGCGACCUGCCAAAGCGACUGCGAGGCGUCGGGUGCGUGUGCCAGCCGCAUCGUUGUGCAGGGAGGCACGCUGCUUGCGUCGUCGAAAGCACUUGAUUAUGCGCUCGUGCAGCUCGAGAACGUGCCGUCGGAGCUCGGGUAUUUGCAGCUGCGCGCGGCGGGGCCACAACUGAAUGAACGUGUGUACAUUCCCCAGUACCCUCUUGGCGGCGGCAAGCGCCUCGCCGUGGUCAAGAGCAAUCAGCCGGGCACGAUCACGUCCGUGACGCUCUCUGGGUGUGCGAAGAACCAAGCAGGCUACAUGCUGGACACGCAGCCCGGAUCGUCGGGGUCGCCGGUGCUGGCGUCGAGCGACAAUACAGUCGUGGCCUUGCACCACUGUGGCGGGUGUCCGAAUGCAGGCAUCCAAGCACAGUUUAUCAUUCGAGAUUUGUCGGAAAAGGGUCUCUUGCCGCCCUGCGCUGUUGCGUAG